AUGUCUUUAGAUCAAGCAGUUUACCAAGCAGAACAACUAAUCAGUUCCGGAAACCAUAACGAAGCAAUCAACUUGUUGAAUCAAGCUCUAGGUUCAGGUUCCUCACCAAGUGCUUUGAUCACUCGUGCUGUUGCUCAUAUUGGUAAUAAUGAUCAUGAAAGAGCCAUUGAGGAUUUAAAAGAAGCAUCUAAUCAAAAUCCUUCACAUGAAGAAAGAUCCAAAAUCGAUGAAUUGAUUGAAUACAUCUCAAAACAUGUUGUUAAUAAUCUAGAUCAAGGUUCAACAGGUGGUGGUACUAGAGAUUUUGGUGGUAGUGGUGAAACAGGUUCAAGAGAUUUACAAGGUGCAUUAUUAAAUGGAUUAAUGACUGGAGGAUCAAGUGGUGGAUCAAGCCAGUUCUCCAAAUUGGCAAUGUUAGCUACUGUAUUUGGUGCUUCCAAAACAGGUGGUGGUGGGUUUAAUGCAUCAUCAUUAGCUGGAUUAUUAUCAGGUGGGAGUGGUUCCCAACAGCAAAGUAGUGGUGGUGGUCUAAGCUCAAUCUUAUCACAAUUUGGAGGUAAACCUCAACAACAGCAACAACAACAAUCAUCAUCAGGUCUUGGUGGGUUAUUAUCAAGUUUAUCAGGUGGCGGUAAUAAACCAAACAACAAUCAAUAUAAUGACCAAUAUGGUGGCAGUAAUCAAUAUGGUGGUGGUCAACACGGUGGGAAUAAUCAAUAUGGUGGACAACAACAAUCAAGUGGAGGUGGUCUUUCAGGUUUGUUGAAUCAAUUUUCAGGUUCAGGAAACUCAGGUCAUGGUGGAUAUGGUGGUCAAAAUCAAGGUGGCUACGGAGGUCAAAGUCCAGGUGGUUAUGGUGGUCAAAGUCAAGGUGGUUAUGGUGGCCAAAGUCAAGGUGGCUCCGGAUUAUCAGGUAUAAUCAAUCAAUUUGCUGGUGGUAGCUCACAAUCACAAGGUGGCCAAUCACAAGGUGGCUCUGGUCUUUCAGGUAUUUUAAACCAAUUCACUGGGGGUAGUAGUGGUAAUCAUGGUGGAAACCAAGGUGGUUAUGGUGGAAGUAAUCAUGGAGGUAAUCAAGGUGGUUAUGGUGGAAGUCAAGGUGGUUAUGGAGGUAACAACUACGGAAAUCAAGGUGGUUACGGUGGUAGAUAUUGA